UCAUUGCAGUCGCCGCCGGAAAGGGGAGGAGAGGAAGGCGGGGCAAGAGGGGGGGCCCGAGGCGGCGGCUCUCCCCGCCCCCCUCUAUCCCGGGUCCCCAGCCGCUGGACGCAGCUGAGCCGGGCAAGCAGCCCCAACCCCAGCCACGGCCGCCCUGGGGACACAGACGCCAAGGCCCCUCGGGUCUGGGCAGGGACCCGGGCCGGCUUAACCAGGGUCUCACCAUGUUAUUCAAGCUAGGACUACAGUUGUGACAGACCCAUGGCCCCAGCCAGCCACUGAGCCCCACCAUGGGCGGCUUAUACUCAGAGUACCUCAAUUCCAGCAAGGUCCGGGAACACUACAAUUACACCAAGGAGACUCUGGACACACAGGAGACGGCUUCCCGCCAGGUGGCCUCCGCCUUUAUCAUCAUCCUUUGCUGUGCCAUAGUGGUGGAAAAUCUGCUGGUGCUCAUUGCGGUGGCCCGGAACAGCAAGUUCCACUCCGCCAUGUACCUGUUCCUGGGCAACUUGGCAGCCUCGGAUCUCCUGGCGGGAGUGGCCUUCGUGGCCAACACCUUGCUCUCAGGCCCUGUCACGCUGGGGCUGACACCUGUGCAGUGGUUUGCCCGUGAGGGCUCCGCCUUCAUCACGCUCUCGGCCUCUGUCUUCAGCCUCCUGGCCAUCGCCAUUGAGCGGCAGGUGGCCAUUGCCAAGGUCAAGCCCUACGGCAGUGACAAGAGCUGCCGCAUGCUCCUGCUCAUUGGGGCCUCGUGGCUCAUCUCGUUGGUUCUUGGGGGCCUGCCUAUCCUUGGCUGGAACUGCCUGGGCCACCUGGAGGCCUGCUCCACCGUGCUGCCGCUCUACGCCAAGCAGUAUGUGCUCUGCGUGGUGACCAUCUUUUCCGUCAUCUUGUCAGCCAUCGUUGCUCUCUACAUCCGCAUCUACUGUGUGGUCCGCUCGAGCCAUGCAGAUGUGGCGGGCCCGCAGACGCUGGCCCUGCUCAAGACGGUGACCAUCGUGUUGGGCGUCUUCAUCGUGUGCUGGCUGCCUGCCUUCAGCAUCCUGCUCCUGGACUACGCCUGUCCCGUCCGGUCCUGCCCAGUUCUCUACAAGGCCCAUUACUUCUUCGCCUUUGCCACCCUCAACUCGCUGCUCAACCCCGUCAUCUACACGUGGCGCAGCCGGGACCUGCGGCGGGAGGUGCUGCGGCCCCUGCAGUGCUGGCAGAGGGCAGCAGGGGUGCCAGGAAGGCGGGAUGGGACCCCGGGCCACCGCCUCCUGCCUCUCCGCAGCUCCAGCUCUCUGGAGAGGGGCACGCAUAUGCCCACCUCACCCACGUUUCUGGAGGGCAACACAGUGGUCUGAAGGGAGGGUGGACCAACAACCAGGACACACAGGGCUGCGUGAAAGGCACUGGGUGACCUCAGACAGAGACCAGGGGCUGCCAAGCGAGAUGCCUGCACCCCAUAGACUUGGCAGAUGUUGAAAGUUCACAGCUGGGCUGGCCAGUCGGGGCACUGACUAGUCAGUAGUGCUUCAGUGGGAUGCUGGAGGCCAGUACAGUGACCCUGGGGACCUUCAAAGGACUAGGGUGACAACAGGAGGGAGCACAGGGCAGGAACAGUUUAUCAUGCAGUACAAAGGAGUCAACAUUUUCCUGUCCGACCCCCCAACCUGUACCCACUCCUAUCUCCGAAUUUAUCCCUCUUGCCACCUUUUCCCGACAACCUCAGGCCCUUCUUUGGAAGUCUCCUCCCCAACCCUCCCAGACCCAAAUCCACAGCUUCCCCAAAUUUCAUCAGCUGCCACUUUGACUCCAUCUUCUUUUUCCUCUCAGAUGCCCGGAAAGGAAGCCACGGGGUAGAGAUGGGGGGAGGGGGCCGAGCCCCAUUCCUCACUCUCAGACCUCAACGGCCAAUUGCACUAUUUGGGGCACAGAGGAAUCACCGAAGGCUGGAAAAACCGGUUUGGGGGACUGAAGAGGGCUCUGGGCCUCCUUGUGGGACAGGGUAGAACUUGAGAAAGUUCUGGGGGAGACAUUUGCACAUUCUCCCCACUCCUACCCCCCAAACCACUCCCCCCCAAGCUCUUCACACCGUCACAAAUCCUCCCCGGCCCAGAUGUCUUGAAUGGAGCAAGGGGGUGGGGUGGCCAAGGACAUUUCCUGGGGACAUUCUUCCCUCGCCUGCCCCAGAAGGACUUUGCUAAUUCCUGUGGAUAGACGGAAGAGCUGUUGUGGUACGAACUAUAUUUAUGUGUGUCUGUGUGCGCAAGCGCGUGGUGUCUGUGACCUCCUCCCUGCCCUGUUUCCCCCAGAAUGGAUGCUGUUCUGUCUUACAUUUGUGUCCAUGUCGAAACUGCCAAUUGGAGUUCUGGUCCUGCCCAGGACUUCUUUGGAAUUGCUGGUUCAUCUCUCCAUGGGAGGGAAACCUCACGCCUCAAAUUAAUGUCUUGUGAAUGCAAAGGCUGGGUGAGGGGGUUUUGGGGGGCAAGGAGCCAAUUGGGGGGGUUGUCUCCCUUCAUACAGCUCCCCAGAGGCCCCCCAUGCCAGAGACCCAGACCUUGGCCAAUAAACGGUUCAAUUUUUCUUUCUGGUG